AUGCUUCUCCCAUUCGAUGGGCCCAUCCCCUCCUCCAUCUCCCGGCUCUCUUUACUUACGCACAUGAUGCUAUCCAACACUGCCAUUUCCGCCUCCAUCCCCUCCACCAUCUCGGCUCUCUCCUCCCUAACCUUUUUGUCAGCGCCCUCCCUCCCUCCCAUCGCUGCCAAGACUGUUUUGGCUGGCAGCAGCUGUGAGAUUCAGCAGAACGACUCCUCCUUCUUCUGCAAGAGUCUCUGCUUUGACUUCUGCGCCUCCUGCAUCCCUCUCAACGGCCAGCGCCGCCACCCUCCUCCCCCUCCUCCGCUCUCGCCUCCUCUCCCUCCCAGCCUUGCUCUCAUGAGACCCCCAUCUCCUUCUCUGUCCUCUCUUCUUGCCGUCUCCUCGCCACUCUCCCUUCCACCUGCUCCACCACCCUCCACCGAUUUGCCAACCUCUGCAAUUGUGGGGAUAUCCGUGGGAGUGUUCUGCCUUAUUCUGGCUGCUGCUGCUGCUGCUGUCGUGGUUUGUGGGUCAUCUCGCGUGUUCACUCGCUCCCGCUGUCCGCAGCUCUCCAUGUCCCUCGUGGCACAGGCAACGGGCGGGCGCGGCAACGACGAGCUUUCCACAGACUUCCAGAAAGAGGUGGCCACGCUUUGGACCAUCCGCCAUACCAACCUGCAGCGACUGCUGGGGUAUUGCUGGGAGAAGCCUGAUACUGCCCUUGACUGUGAAUUGCCUCCUGAUGCUGUUGGUGCUGCUGCUGCCAGUCAUGCGGUGGAGCAAGCAGAGGAGGAGCAGGUGCUAGUGUUUGAGUGGGUGCCAGGAGGCAAUCUGCACAGCCGCCUCGUUGCAGCCAGCCUAUGUUCUAUGCCAUCUCGCAAUGUUCCCCCCUGCUCCCCUCUGUUCCCCGCUGUCCCCACUGUCCUCUGUUCUCACUGUCCGCUCUCAUCCCCUCUCUCACCCCCUCUCCCUGUACUCCCCUCUGCCCUCCCCCUCCACUUCCGGAACACCACCUCCUCCUUCCAGAGGGCAGCGCCCCUCUGUCGGUGUGGCAGUGCCUGGAUGUGA